AGGACAUGUUGAGGAGGAAGAGCAGUGCGUUGAGGAUGAGGGCGACAGGAGGUGCCAGGAGUCGGUAUCUGAAAACAAUUCGUCAGAUAGGGUAAAUCGAGGUUAUAUGGCCAUAGAGGAGAGAUGGCCCAACUCGAUAUUUUCCUAAAUAGUUAUUAGAGGGCGUUUUUUUCAAUAAGGCGUAAUCUACUGUUUUUUUUUUGUGAUCGUGCUAUACUAGAAACUCUGAGUCAAUUAACUAAGUUUAAAGAUGCCAAAUACUUAUAAAAGAAAAUCAUUGGAGAGGGCCAAAUGGACCGAGGAGCAACUGAAAUCUGAAAUAAGUACUGUUAAAGAUGAGGGAUUAUCUGUACGUCAGGCUGGAAAAACUUACGGUAUUCCGAGAAAGACAUUGGAAAGGCGAAAGAAUGAAGACCAUAAGAAAAAAUUGGGUCCAGAUACUACUUUCGAAGCUGCACAUGAAAACAGACUGGUUCGGCAUAUUAUAAAAAUUGAAAAAGUGGAUCUCCACAAUGUUCAGCUGGGCUUAAAACAUAAAUUUAAUAAUCGGCUUCAGAAAGCUGGUUAA